AAAACAUCACCGAGGGAAAAAUACUAUGAUUGUAUGUAUGAAAAGAAAGCAUAUGCAGAACGACGUAAUUCACAGCCUGCUACAUUUGGCAGUGGUUAUUUCCUCGAAUCGUACAUGCAUCAUGGGAAACGGAGGCCAUGUUGAAGAAUGAGUUUAGAAGGCAGUGAUGCAGUAUCUUCAUGUUGUGAUGUCCUGGCAAGCACUAGCGUCGUCUCUUGUACGUCGAAAAAAUCUAUGAUAUUUAACUAUUUAGUGUGAUUUAAUUAAUGGACACUAUGCAAGCCAUUAUGUGUGCUGAUGACGUUGGAGCGUUGGAUUCCACUUUCAUUCCGAUUCAGGUGGAAGGCCACACACCAGCCUUUCGAUCUGUCACAACAUUGUCACUUGUGGAAUUAGGAAAGAAACUGUUAGAGAGUGCUAAGGAAGGUGACACUGAGCAAGUUCGACAGUUGAUGAGCCGAGGAGCUCCAUUUACAACAAAUUGGUUGGGCAUAAGUCCUCUUCAUUAUGCUGCUCAAUUUGGGCAUGUUGAGACAGCUGAAGUACUUCUUAGAGCUGGAAUAUCUCGAGAUGCUCGUACCAAAGUAGAGCGUACUCCUCUUCACAUUGCAGCGCAAGAGGGCAACACAGGUGUUGUGGAGUUAUUGCUGACAUCAGGGGCUGAGGUGGAUUCAAGGGACAUGUUGCGAAUGACUCCUCUGCAUUGGGCAGUGGAACGAGAACAUAUUGAAACAAUUUCUGUGUUAUUGCAACAUGGAGCAGAUCCUCAUUGCACAAGCAAGUUCAACAAAACAGCUUUCAGUAUAGCUAUUGAUAACGGUCGAGAGGAUAUUCUCCAGAUUUUGCAGGCCACUGCUCGACCAGAAGUACAAACCAUAGAAUCUGUUGAUGCUCUUGCUUUGCAACAAGCAACAUUAGCUGCAACACAGAGCUUGGCAAUGGAAUUGGCCCAAGCUCCUGCAGCCACUCACCAAGAAGAAGUGGAGACCAGCACGGCCGCAGCAGCUGCAGCAGCAACAACAGGAGAUGAAACUCCAGACCCUCCCCUUGAGAAAGUGUUUAUUCGACAACAUCCAAAGCCUGCAGCCCCAAAGAAAGUUAUUAGGGAAAUCUCACCUGGUCAACAAACUUUACAGUUGUUACAAGCACAUGGUAUCACAAUGUUACCUGCUGAUGAAUCAACCCUUGUUGCUUCAGCUGUGGAGAGUGGUCAGACUGUAGUGUUAACAGAAGCUGGACGGUUAGCAUUAGGAUUAACUCAGGCAGAGAAAAGUCCAGGUCCUAAAUCAACUCCUACAACGAGUAUAAGCCCACGUCCUCUGGCACCAUCUCCUAAGAAGAAAGUGAUUACUAUACGUGCUGGACCUCUGUUCAUGCCUGGAAAUAAGACUGCCAACAUUCUCAAGCGACCCCUCUCGUCAAGUGAUAGAAUCAUUUCUGCUCCCUCAAAAGUGGUGGUCAAGGCAGCACCACGUACAUUCACAGUGACCUCUCCAGUUAAGAAGCAGAGUCCUCCUACAGCUGUUCCAAUUGCAACAACUGAACCUUCCGCCAGUGAAUUAGCUCAACAACUAGAAGCUGCUCGGCGUGAAGUACAAACAUACAAGGAACUUUUAAGUCGGAAAGAACGUGUGGGGGCAAGUGUCCCGAGCACUACACAAUGUGAAUUCUACAACCAUACUGCCUGUACAAGUGCAAACAAGGAAAGUUGCUUUUCGGUACAGAUAUGUGAUCGACCUGAACCUGAAAAACGGAAUCAUUGUUAUGUGCUCUGGCAGAACAACAGCACUGGCAAACCAUACAUCAAGCUGAAGGGGUGCUUUCUGGACAAUAUUGAUUGUUACAACAAACGGGAAUGUGUAGAGAGCCGAGAGCCUAAAAAAGAACUUCUAUUCUGCUGCUGCGAAGGGAACAUGUGCAAUAGCAACUUCACCUGGAAGCCUCGUCUGCUACCUCCUGUACCUACAGGUGUUCCUGCCGAGCCACGUUCUGGACCUAAUGUGGUGUUCUAUAUAGUGCUGCCGAUGCUGGUAGUGGUGGUUGCAGUUAGCAUUAUAUAUUUCAUAUAUCGUCAACGCAAACAUGCCUACUUCAAUGAGGUUCCAACAGUUGAGCCACACCCAUUGCCACAGCGCUCUCCUGUACUGGGGCUCCGUCCCAUACAGCUGUUAGAGAUGAAGGCUCGUGGGCGAUUUGGGGCUGUUUAUAAAGCUCAGUACAAGACGGAAACUGUGGCUGUCAAGAUCUUCCCAAUUCAGGAUAAACAAUCAUGGGUAUCAGAAUAUGAGAUCUUCAGUCUGCCACAUAUGGAUCACGAGAACAUUUUACGUUACAUUGGGGUGGAGAAGAGAGGUGAGAACUUGCAAGCAGAAUUUUGGCUCAUUACUGCCUACCAUGAGAAAGGUUCCCUAUGUGAUUUUCUCAAAGCCAAUGUUGUGACAUGGGCUGAGAUGUGCCGGAUUGCUGAAUCAAUGGCAAGGGGCCUAAUGCAUCUUCAUGGAGAAAUACCUGCUUCUAAGGCUGAAGGAUUUAAACCAGCUAUUGCACACAGAGACUUCAAGAGCAAGAAUGUUCUUCUGAAGCAUGAUUUGACAGCCUGUAUAGCUGACUUCGGCCUGGCAUUACUGUUUCUACCUGGAAAACCAUGUGGGGAUACACAUGGCCAGGUAGGAACUCGGCGCUACAUGGCCCCUGAAGUCUUGGAAGGAGCCAUUAAUUUCUCUAGAGACUCUUUUUUGCGCAUUGAUAUGUAUGCGUGCGGCCUUGUCCUUUGGGAAUUGGCUUCGCGUUGUACAGCGCAAGAGGGCCCCAUCCCUGAGUACCUGCUUCCCUUUGAAGAAGAAGUAGGUCAGCACCCUACACUUGAGGAUAUGCAAGAGUGUGUGGUACAGAAGAAGAUCAGGCCAGCGAUCAAGGAGACAUGGCGCAAGCAUUCAGGGCUGGUGGCGCUUUGUGAUACCAUGGAGGAAUGCUGGGACCACGAUGCUGAGGCUCGCCUCUCGGCGUCGUGCGUCAUGGAACGAGUGGCCCUGCAGGCUCGCCUGGUGCCUGUACCAGUGAUGCCCAGCGCCCCCUGUGCUGAUGUUGUGCACAAGGAGUCCAACAUGUAGGCCGCUCAACCCACACCAAGUGGAUUUGUUUAUCGAGUACCUGCACUUGAUCUACAGUACCUGGAACAGAACUACCCGCAUACGCGCAUUGUAGCAGCAGCUGACUUCUUACAAGUCCUCACAAGUUUCUCACUCAUUUCUUCUUCUCCGGAUCUGUGUGCCAAUGAUUGAAGGAGCCAGCAGAAGAAGAGCGCCGUUUUAUAACCAACUGCCCGUUAGCAACUCGUGUGGGUACUUUUGUAGGUGGGGGACGCAUCUAGGAGCCGGCGCAUCAUCCAGCAGUCAGCACACUCAGGCAGCAUGCCCACAACACCGGUGUGUGUCUUCAUGAGAGGAUGAAUGAAAGAUCGAGCAUGCUUCGGAGAGUGUCACUCGGGGAUGAUAGGCCAAUCUGACGCGAUUCCCUAGCUGCGGAGGCGACAACCAAUGUCACUCCAUGCAGCCUUACCUCAGGCUCUGACCGCCACCUCUUGCCUGGUGCACUGCACCAACGCUGCGAAUCCACCCAAUUACAGCAGACAGACAGGUAUCAAAUUACGUACAACAUACCAUGCAUAUUGAGUUCCUAUUCUUCACUGUUGUUAAGUAUAUAUCGUGUAUAUAUUUUAUUAUAUUUUUUGUAUUUGGUAUAUUUUGACUAAGAUAUACCCUGCGCCUAAUUUCACAUCAUGAGUAUGUGUGUGUGCGUGUGAGAAUGUGGCUGUGUUGUGGGUGGCUGGGACACUGGGAGGUGCGCCGGCUCUUUCAGUGGUUGAGAGGCACCAGCCCUUGUCCCAAAGAAGGGGCAGGGUUGCUGGCAGGCUUUGCCCAUGGUGAGUGUUUUGGCAAAUGCCGUGUCAUUCCUGAGUAAUGACAGUCAGAAACUUCUCUCGAAGGUAGAGGCCGGCCCAAGCAGCAGCUUGGCUAGUUCUAGCGAGAUUAAGAGGAAACUCUGUGAAGUAUGUAGAAUUACGUAGAGUUUUUAAAUUUGUAGCUUUACAAGUACAUUGUAAUAGGUGUUUUUUUUAUUACAGUAGUUGUUCUUGUACCUAAUUUUUUAAUUACUAAGUGAGAUGUCAUUUUAAGACUUUUACAGGUUCAGAUGAAAACUCCAUGAGAAUUACUGUAACGGUUUAAUGUAUAGUCAAUUACCUCAGGUUCCAUGUCAGCUCUUGCAUGUUUCUUAUUUCUUUUUCUUGCCUGUUGUACCUUUCUCUGUUAUGCUCUUCCUCUUCUUUGUUUCUGACAUGAUCUUUUCUUGUAAAUGAAUUAGUGAUUGUAUAACGGAAAUUGUGCAUUUUUCAUAAUUUUGAGAAAAACUGAAAAAUUUUGUAGUUUUUAAAUUGAACACAAGUGUAUAGUAGUUGUUCAAAUACUCCACUACCUAACCAUCGAAAGAUGUCACUCAUUUUUAAGUGAUGGAAGAUGUUUUCAAGUGCUAAAUUUUUAUCUUUUGUAACAUAUAUGACAUGACAUUUCCUUUUAUACAAUCAUGUAUUCAUAAUUUUAGUUCCUUUCAACUCGGGUUUCUGCUCAGCCAUGUCAGCCAUUGAUUGAUGAGAUAAUCAUCUCUGACAGUAAAAUAUCUAGGGCUCUAGUCCCUGUUCUGAACCAUCUCAGCUCAUCUCGAUUUGCACUCAUCAUGCUCUUUUAAACUAAGCCCUAGGUGGAAGGACAAAAGGGUGGGUGGAGUGCAAGCAGGAUGCGGAGUGGGUGGAUCGGGGACUAUGGCUGAGCUCACCUCUUGCAGACCUCUUCCUCUCCCAGCGCAGCCCUCUGUUGCUCCUUUCUACUUUGGGCCGUGCGGAAGCUGGACGCUGAAGUGAUGUCAGUCCACUGGUAGGUGAUUAGUAACUUUGGCACAAAUAGACAGUUAUGUCAUUAGGGUGGUAUUGUACCUUCUGCGGCAGCUUAAGGCUUUUCAUAAUCUUGUUAGUACAUUAGCUCAUGCUAAGUGCUAGAUUACCAUGUUGUGUAGGUAUUUCAAAAAAAAAAAUGGCUUUUGAAGCUCUUCCCUACUUUUUAAGUUAGUAGUCCAGGGUGCAAGAUUUACAAGUUAGAAAUUGCUAUUUGUACUUGGACUUUAAAUUAACGUUAGGCAGCAGUGCCUCUGAGAUUCAUAUUUUCUAGUAAGCCUGUUGAGUCUGGGGCUCUGUCUUGUUCCCUAGAGAUGUUUCAAAUGAGGGCUUUUGGGUUGGCUCUGCAGCCUCUUUGUGGCCUCGGACCUGGGCUGUUCGAAGCACUCCACUGCCGCCCGGCCCCCCUUUCUCCUCUGCCCUUCCCCCCUGGUGCCUCUCUUCUUUGAGGGUGUGGCACCUGUGGGACGCAAGGGGGAAUUCUGCCUCUUCCCAUGGCAUGGCCCAGUGCUAUGUGUUUGCUCAACGAACCUCCUGUCCCAGUCAGCCCCAGCCCCAUUCUGCCCCCAGGCAGACACUACUCGCAACUUUACAUAACAUUGUUAUUGUACAGUCAAGUCAACAUCCUUACAACAAAAUAAUAAUAAUGGUGCUUUAUCGUCUUUAAAAGUUCAAAAACUACAUUUUUGCAUUCAUUAUGUCAUAAGUUUUUCAGGUUAUUUUUAUGUAAACAAUUUUCUUAUAACACUAGCCUAAGAAAUUUUCCAACAUACAUUUAAGAAAAAGAACAAAAAAAUGCACGAUAUUUUUUCAAAUUUAGAAAAUUAUAAAUAAUUGAUAUGUAUUUCUGGAGUGGCAGCUUAUUUGAAAGCACAUUCACGUACUUGGUAGUAACACUAUGCUGUCUAGGCAUGAGGAGAGCCAUGGGGUUUGGGCUUAUUCAUAGCAAGGCUCUAUGCUCCCAUGGUUUUGGAGUGACUCACUCCCUCCCCAUGGCUCUCCCAGGUGGAAGUUUCUUGUAAUUGAUGUAAAGAAAAGCAUUGUAUCAAUUGAGCUCUUUUUUAGUAUAAUGGUUAUUUUAAAGUGUCUACAGUUUAGUCCCUUGUCUGUAUGGCAAUAAUUUUAGUUGUUUGUUUAAAAAAUGUUGAAUGUGUCUUUGACCCAUUAUGUAGUUAACAAGGUCUGUGUGUGUCCAGAGGAGCACACCCUGCCUGUGCAACAUGGCACAUAGCGUUCCUAUUGCCCUGCGUCACCAGACAUGCACCAGCCAGAAAUUUCCUGUGCUGGCUCCUGCCAGUGACGCAUGCACUGAAAAUAUGGUGCACCAGCAAACGUCAGGGAGGGCAGCAGGCAGCAGAACUGGCGCAAUCAGUGGCCAGCACGACGGUUCCCUCCUGCACAAUUCUAACAUGACAGUGUUUUAUUCAGUUCCUGGUUUGGAGCACUAGGCUCGCCAUACUUUGCUGUGGUGCCUAUUUCAUUGACCACUUGUAGAGUCUCACUCCUGGAGAUGAAAUACCAAGUUUGUGCACUAAUUCAGGAGAAUGUCAUUUUAGAAUGGUGCUGGGACAGUGGUGCCAACCACUGGAAACGUGCUUCCUGCUGAAGUGCACUUGUUUGUAUACCGCAAUGCUGCUGGAUGGCACCACUGACCAUGUUCUGUUUCUUUGUCAUGCGUGCCAACUGAUAUUAUCAGCAUAGUUCAGGAUGCCAUUGAAAUACCUCGUGUAGUUGUAAGUUGGGCGAUAGUAUUCCAUGCAAUAGUAUUAUGUGUGUGGCUGUUUGUGUGUCUGUGUUGUGCGCCCUUGACUGGCGGCUGGCUGCCCCUGCCCGUCCCUUGCCAUGCUCUGCCCUCCCCUUUCGCAGGGCCUAAUUUAAUUUUAAUGGACCGGAGGCAAAAGUGCUCUUAAGGGCUUCAAAAACACAACCUGUUUUUUAAUGAAUGACGUUUAUAUCUCAAUAUACCAUACAAUAGGUAAAUUCCAAUUUGAUAUAUAAUGAACAAAAAAUACAAAGGUUUUUGAUAUGAAUUUGUUAUGCAUUUACAUAUAAUGUCUUUUCAGAUUGUUUUGAUUAAAGUUUCAUAUAAUUGUUUUAUAUUGUUCUAGGUAGUUUUUCAAUGGUGUUACAUUUAAAAGAAUUUUAAUAGUAAAGGAUCUCAACAGUUUUUAAUAAAAUUGUACAAAAAUUGUAUUGCAACUAUCUUACAAACACUACAAAUAACAGGAGCUAGAUAACUAAUUUUCAUAGACUUGUAAUCAUGAAAUGUCUUUUUCAUACUGCUGAGAGAAACUAAAAACCAACAGCUAUUACCAAUGCAAUGUAUAGAUAUUUUGUUGCAUUGUUAAUGCAGACUUUGUAUUACUGAAGUGAGCCCGACGCAGUUGCCGUUUGCCUAGUCCUAUGUAUAAGUUAGGCCCUGCGUGUCUUGUCGGCCUCCCUGCCCAGCCUCGCGCCAUAGCUCCCAAGCAGGGUGCUUCCCGCCAAGUACAAGCCAACGGAUACCUCCCCUUCCAGCCAUUCACUGCUCCACCCAUCAUUCCGAGUUCCACAGGUCUAGCGCCUCACUGCUGAGCUGUAGUAUUGUUGAAUUUACAUUUUGUAAAGGUACUUAAAGUUAAAAGAUGUUUAAAACUAAAUUAACUGGAACAUUUCUUGUACGUAUGUAUGUAAGUAUGUAUUUGUAUGCAUACGUGUGUGUGAUAUGUAUGGGGAAUUUUUGUGUUGUUUUUUUCUAAGCCUCUUCAUAUUUUGUCAUUACUCUGAGAAUGCAUAUGAGGUAUAAUUAUCUGUGUACUUUAGGUUUUGUUUAGCAACUUUCUACUGCUACAUAAUGUCAAUAUAAAAAUUUAAAUUACACUCUGUAGAACACAUGUGCAAAGUUUUGCAUCUCUUGCUCCUAAAAUCCUGCACUUGAACGUGCUACCUCCUUCUCCUUUUUACUUCCACCUAGAACUGGAUGAAGGUAGCUUCCUGCAAUUUAUUU